AUGUUCGUUAACAGUAUUUAUUUCUGUUUUAUAAUUGGAUUAUUAAUUUUUGUUCAAACGAGUUAUAGCUAUGAUAGAGAUCAUCUAACUAAUCUUGGUGCAUUCUGUUCAAAUGAUUCAUCACUUGGUCCACCCAAUUUGAAUCCAAUCGAUGAUAGUUCAGCAAAACUGAUACGUACAAUAGAAAAUGGAUCACUCUAUACAAUUGGUGCUGGUGACGAUAAAGUAUGGUUAUUACAUCUUUGGGGUUAUGAUGGAUAUGAUUAUGGUUUUGCCUAUGGAACACUUUUAAAAGAACAAAUUACACAACUUAUACCACGUGCUUGGGCUCAUUUUGAACAGAGAAUAAUUGAUGAAUUAGAUAAAUUAAAAUUACCUAAAUGGUUCGAAGAUAUGGUUGUUGGCAAAGGUUUAGCUUUUGCAUUAGAUUUUCAAAAUACAAUUGUUGAAAAAUAUAUUGAUAAGGAAAUUUACGAAGAAAUGCGUGGUAUUGCUGAUGCAGCUAAUGUUAAUUAUUAUUCAAUUCGACGAUUACAUAUGCUUGGAGAAAUUACACGAGGUCGAUGUUCAUUGUUUGGUCUAUGGGGUAAUGCAACGAUGGGUGGAAAAACUCUUCAAUUACGUGCGUUGGAUUGGGAUACAAAAGGUGGCCUUCAAGAUUUUCCAGUCAUUACUAUUUAUCAUCCACGUUCUGAAAAACUUGGUCAUGCAUUUGCUAAUGUUGCUUGGGCAGGUUACAUUGGUACAUUAACGGGAAUGUCAUCGACACAAAUGGGUAUCUCAGAAAUUGGAAUUUAUUUCUCUGAUGAUACAUUUGGUGAUGAAAGUAUGAGUGGUCUUCCAUUUAUAUUUGUUGAACGACAUAUUUUACAAUAUUCUGAAACACUUGAUGAUGCUCUUUCAUUUAUUGCGAAUGUCAAACGAACAUGUCAUUUAGUUUUAGCUGUAGCUGAUGGAAAACUAGGUACCGCUCGUAUGAUACAAUAUUCACAUUCACUUGUUAAUUUUUUUGAUGAUCAAAAUUUACAACCUUUAGCCGAAUGGCAUCCACGUUUACCUAAUGCUAUCUAUUGUGGAAUGGAUUGGUUAUGUCCUUCUCGUCAAUAUAAACUAUAUAAACAAAUUCUAAGUCAAUAUGGACAUAUAACACCAGAAUCGUCCAUUCAAAAUAUAACAUCUAUUGCAAAAACGGGUGAUCUCCAUGUAGCAUUGUAUGAUCUUACAGAUAUGAUUAUGUAUGUAUCAAAUGCUCGUGGUACAAAUGAAACAGGACCACUCGAAGCUUAUCAACGUCAAUUUGUUAAAAUUGAUCUUAAUAUAGAAUUUGCUCGUACACAUGCAUUCUUUAAAUAA